AUGCCUACGUCGGUGUCCUCGCGCCCGACGUCUCGCACUACGAUGACCGUGGAGAAGCCUACGGGAAGAUUCAGGGACAAGACGAAGGAAGCGGCAGUUGCACGAACCAUCUACCUGGAGAUAUUUUUCGGAGGGUGCAUCACGACAAUCUUGAUCUUCUUCCCUGUUUUCUCGAUAUUCUGGGGGUCUUUGUGGAGAACGCCAGCACAUAAUCUUCAAGGUUGGGUCAUCGACUUUGAUGGCGCUGCUAUUGGGCAAGGAGUGGUUGAGGCGCUAGCUACACCACCCCCUGGAGCAAGGAUUACAUGGACACCCGUACUCGCAUCCCAAUUUCCUGGAGGGCCGCACGAUGUUGGACUGCAAAUCCUGGACCAGAAGUCAUGGUUAGCCUUGACAAUCAACCCCGGGACGACUGCCCGACUGACAGCAUCUAUCGCGUCACCAAACGCCUCCUACAACGGAGCCGACGCCAUCACCGUGUUCGCGACCGAGGCUCGCAAUGAGAACGCAUUUCGCAGUAUUAUUCGGCCUUCUAUACAAAUAACGAUGGAUGUUUUAUCCAACACAAUAGCCGUUCAGACGGCCCGACAGGUCGCGAACUCGCCGAAUAUCGCUCAACUCUUGACCGUAUCUCCUCAAACCGUGACUGCCCCCAUCUCAUACCGCAUCAGAAACAUGGCCCCUUUCGAUCAGCCCGUCGCCGCAGCAGUGACUUUCAUUGGGUUACUCUACCAGCUCAUCCUCUCCUUCUUCGUUGUUAUGAAUAGCCAUGGCGCACGAGAAGCCUCGGGACUUGACAAGACGCUCUCCACCCGCUCUUUAAUCAAGCUUCGAUUCGUGUCUUCGUUCUUCGCGUACUUCAUCAUCUCUCUCUUUUAUUCUCUCCUCAGUUUGGCUUUCCGGUUGAACGUGAACCGCAAAUUCGGACACUCCGGAUUUAUGAUUUUCUGGAUGCUCAACUAUGUUGCCAUGCUAUCUGUCGGGCUUGCUUUGGAAUCGCUCAUUACCAUCUUGACCCCCAAGUUCAUCUCCUCCUUCAUGAUGAUGUGGAUUAUCGGCGAGUUUUACGAGGUUCAUGAUCACCAAGCCGAGGGAAUUGACGUAUAUCACCUCCUACAGUGA